GCGAGCGGCUGCGCGGGGGCGGGGUUCCGAUCCCGGAAACAGCGCGCUGAAGUCUGGGUAAGCGGUGCCGGUCGCACCUGCGCACUGUGGCUCUGCGUGCGGGAAGAUGGUGCUCAUCAAGGAAUUCCGAGUGGUUUUACCAUGCUCAGUGCAAGAGUAUCAAGUUGGGCAACUUUACUCUGUGGCAGAAGCUAGUAAAAAUGAAACAGGAGGUGGUGAAGGAAUUCAAGUCUUAAAGAAUGAGCCUUAUGAAAAGGAUAGUGAAAAGGGACAGUAUACCCACAAAAUCUAUCACUUAAAGAGUAAAGUUCCUGGGUUUGUAAGGAUGAUUGCUCCAGAAGGCUCCUUGGUAUUCCAUGAAAAGGCUUGGAAUGCAUAUCCAUAUUGUAGAACAAUUGUGACGAAUGAAUAUAUGAAAGAUGACUUCUUCAUAAAAAUCGAGACCUGGCAUAAACCAGACUUGGGGACAUCAGAAAAUGUGCACGACUUGGAUCCAAACACGUGGAAGAGUGUUGAAGUUGUCCAUAUUGACAUUGCAGACCGAACUCAAGUAGAACCAGCAGACUAUAAAGCUGAUGAGGACCCAGUAUUGUUUCAAUCGGUGAAGACCAAGAGAGGACCUUUGGGGCCUAACUGGAAGAAAGAGCUAGCAGCUGAUGAAGACUGCCCUAAAAUGUGUGCCUACAAGUUGGUGACUAUCAAAUUUAAAUGGUGGGGACUACAGAACAAAGUAGAAAACUUUAUCCAAAAGCAAGAAAAGAGGAUAUUUACCAACUUCCAUCGCCAGCUGUUUUGUUGGAUUGACAAGUGGAUUGAUCUGACUAUGGAAGACAUCAGGAGAAUGGAGGAUGAAACCCAACGAGAGCUGGAAGCGUUACGUAAUCAAGGCCAAGUGAGAGGAACAAGUGCUGCCAAUGAUGAAUGAUGAUGGAUCUGACCUGUCACUUGCAGUGUUGAUACACAGAUGUGUGUGUGGAUGCAUGAUUAUCUGUAUAUAAUUAUAUAUACAUACACGCAUACUGAGGGGCUGUUACAGUUUCUCUAGGGUACUAUACCCAUCUUCAGCAAAGAUACAAAGGAAACUGCUUUCAUUAUAAACCUGAAGCAAAUACAGAUUGACUGAGUAGUGUCAUUUAAAGGAUAAAUUGACUGCAGAAUUAUGCUAACUGGUAUGUUUCCUGAAUGUCAGUACUGGACCAAUUUAUUCCCUACCUUUAUUUUAUUUCCCUCUUGAAUCACUGCUAUAAUUUGCCUGUGUCUCAUUAUAAGCCAACAAAUUCAGAUAAAUUAAUUUUCAAUUUUGUGUUUUCCCUAUGUGAUUUUGGAAUAGGAACUAUGAAUGUAUUUAUACCUAUUUAUUUCUGGAUUGUCAUCUAAGUCAAAUCAGAAAAUUUUUUUCUAUUAGUGAGAAUUGGAAGACUUUUUCCUGUUGAAUGAGGAAUACAAUAAUGGCCCAACUUUUACCCAUCUUGCUGAAAGAAAUCACCUGUUUUAUUGGAGUUUUGUACAUUCAAAUGUUUUCUUCAUUAAAAAUUGGCAAAAUUAAGGAAAAAUGGCUUGUGAUUUAUAACAGUUUGAACAAUUUUCCAGGAGGCUUUCAAACAAAGUGACUGACAAUACUGGUAUUGAGCCUUUAAAGUAUAUUUUAGGCUGUGUAGUUUAAUUGAAGGUGUAGCACUUCCCUAGAAUGACGUUUAUUUCUGAAAUCAUUUUUUCAAAGUUUUAGUUUGGAAACUAUGCAAAUGGUCUCAAUUUCACACAGAUUGCGCAAUGGAAUAUAACGGUGACUUUUAGCUCUUUUCAUGUUGAAAAUUCACUUUUAAAAAAGAUGUUCACUUUCAGAUAUGAUGAAAGUUUAUAUUGUAGCAUCUGACAUGUUUCUCUGAUUUAUUAGAAGUAGACAAAAGGAAAGAUGGUAUAAUAAAGGCCUUUUUUAGAAGUUCUCAAAUAGUAAGUUGUCUUCAUGAUUUUUUUUAAAGAAAAAUAUUGCAAUGGAGCAUAUCAUAGAUAUAUUAUCAAAAUACUUGUUAAAUCAGGAACAACUUAUUUUAGGACCACUAGUUAGGUAAGGUUUCCUCCCAGAAGCCUCUGUAGGGCGAGGUUUGCUGAAGGAUCUCUGUCUAGUUUUUUCAACCCCACACCAGACAUUUGGGACAAUUGCUUAUUUAAUUAGCUGAUAGCGGGAGUGAUUCCUCUUCCUUUACAGUCAGCGGCAAAACUCUCAUUGAUUUCAAGGGGAGCAGAUCAGGCUUGGAAUAUGACUAACCCACCUAGUCCAUCCUCCUGCAAUGACGGUCAGGCACUGCAAUGACUGCAGACAAGUGGACAUGGAUUUUUUUUUUUGUAUGUCUGUACUGUAUUAUUGCCUCACUAUCGUCCAUGCUACAAGAUCAGUCUUCAGUUAAUCCUUCCUCGCCUAGCAAUGAAAAUGGAUGUCUAUUCUCUGUACCAGCAGAAGAUUGGUUUUGUAAAAACUUUUAAACCAUGUUUAUAUAACUUGCUACAAGGAGGGUUUUUGCAAAUUUGUGAAACUAAGGGCUCAGUUCUCUUUUCAGUGCUGGAAUGUAACUCCCGCUCUCACCAGUGGGAGCCGGAAUACAUUCCGAGGAGGGAAAGGAACCCCUAUCACUUCUAUUGUUUUUUGGACUAGCUAUGAAAAUUUGAGGGAACUUUGUAGUGAUUGUAAAUGUUUAGUUUACUUUGGCAGUCUCUGAUGUGAACUACAGUAAAACAGUCAAUGGAAUUUAAUUAAAUAAAUUUGAUCAUAAAAUA